AGGCAUCACUGAAAAACCUCCUACAGUUCACCGAAUAGUAUCUUUGAGACGGACACACAUUUUUGGGCAAUUCUCAGAUAACUGAUUGAAAUUGGAAUUUGGCUUUUACUGACAGCCUCAAAAUGGUUCUCGAGGUAUCCAGUGUUAAUUUUCGAGAGGCACCAUCUUCAAUUUCAUUUUCUGGAUCAGGUUUUUUGUCCACCUACCAGAUAGGCGUUGCUCAGUGUUUUCUACAAAAUGCGCCAUGGAUACUGCACAAGGCACCACGAAUCCUCGGUGCAUCAGCAGGGUCUUUGGUAGCUGCUGCUGUUGCCUGUGAAAUAAACCUGAUCUCGAUGCGAAAUGAGAUGCUGAACUUCGCAAAAGUGAUGAAGGCCUUUGCACUUGGGCCAUUUAACCCUUCUGUUGAUAUUCUGCAAUGGUUAAAAUAUGUAUUAUACAAAAACCUUCCCACUGAUGCACAUCUCCUUGCAAAUGGGCGUCUCGCUGUCGCUAUGACCCGUCUGGAUGACGGCCAUUACACUGUUAUAACAGAGUACCAGUCAAAAGAGGAUGUCGUACAGGCCCUGCUUUGUAGCUGCUUUGUUCCGGGAUAUUGCGGCAUGCUGCCUCCCUCCCUUAAUGGAGUACACUAUAUGGAUGGAGGUUUCAGCAAAAUACAGCCAGUUCUGGCACUACCCAGUCAUACUUUAACCGUUUCUCCAUUCUCUGGAGAGACAGACAUCUGCCCCCCUGAUCAACCAUGCAUGUUGGACAUGGUGGUGACCGGACUAACUCUGAAGGGCAAUUUGGCCAAUGGCCUAAGAUUUUGGAAUGCACUCUACCCCAUAAAGCUAGAGACUGUAGAACAAGCCUAUCACAGUGGUUACAAAGAUGCCUAUGAAUUUCUUCUGCGCAAUGAACUUCUCUCGAACAUGAACAUGUUUACCAUGUCCCAAGGAUUCGACAACUACUCUUGCACAAAAACACCGAUAUUCCCAGAGACUGCUCCCGAGGAAGAAGAGGAUAAUGAAAUUGAGACAACAGAAUUGCCGUUUUUUCAAGGCAGCCAAAGCAAGCAGAUUAACACUUCUGUUGAACUCCAAUCUUCAACUGGAAAACUGACAAUUACAGAACUUCCUCUCACUUUUGACUCCGCCAAGAAUGUUCUGCUGGGCAACGUGACAACGUAUUGGAGCAUGCUGGGACCCUCUGGAUAUUUUACCUACUUGCUGGUCCCUAUGAUGCUGUUGUUCCAGACUCUGAUUGAGACUGUAGAAAUAGUUGAGGUGCUGCUCCGAAAGACUCCAGAACGAGCUUUUUGGACUUGGUGUGGCCUGAGACAGUUUGCAGUCUUCUUUUUUGGAAUAAUGAUCUGUACCUUCAAGAAGAACCUGAAUGACAGGAUGUUGUCCAUAAUGCAGUUGUUGAGUCAAGCUCAAAAUGAGGUUCCACAAAAGCACAGUCGCCCUCCACGUCGCAAGUUUGCUUCUCCUCUUUAUUCUGAAAGUGUCAGAUUUGGAGGUUUGCGAUCCAUACCUCCGUUGCGAGGGUUGUAAAAUUCCAGAAGACUUUUUUUUUUUUUUCCAAAAGUAGUCCACCCAGAAAGCAUAUUCUUUAAUAUGUGUUCAACUUGUGUCAACACAGUUUCUUUGUUUGCAUAUUGCCAAAGAGCACUUUGGUUUACUGUGUUACGAUGAAAUGCAUCAUUUAAGCACUUCAUUGUACAGUUGACCCUCAUGAUACCAGCACCUCACCUUAUGGGUUUUUCACGAUACGAGCAUUGUCACGGGAGAAAAUGACUCUGAUUAUGUGAGCAAAUUUUCACCAUACAAGUGAAAUCCAGAAAAGCCUCUUUCUCACGUGGCGUGUACGAGUGCCUCGGCAUCCCACCAGGUGGCAUUGCUGUGUUUCCAAAGUGUCUCGGCGUCCCACCAGAGGCCAUACGAGCAUCUCGCAUCAACAGUCCCCCAUUUGUCCACCUGCUGCUCAUCCUCGUUUUUUAAAUUAUUUUUUAAAAUCUAAAUGCAUCCAAAUCAUUUGUGCUUACAAGUAAACAUCAAUUUUAUACCCUAAGAAAGUGGUGCCAAAGACAAUGGUGAGAAAAAGAAAAUAAUGCUCGGAAUUGAAACAAUGCAAAAACUAAUAAGGAGAUGAAAAGAGUGCACGUGUUAGCAUGUUAUGAGUAUAAGCGUUCGAGUUCUACAAUCUGGUAAGCGUUUAUACAAUAUAAAAAUAACAUUGUCUUGUACUUUUAGUUUCUUUUUCUGAUUAUUUAGCCUUAAAAGUAAUGCCUUUAAUUAAUAUUAGGGUAAUAUGGGGGUUUCAUUGGAAGUGUUACAUUAACUGUAAUUCAAUUAUUUCUUAUGAGAAAAUACAUUAAUGAUACGACGACAUUCACGUUACAAGCUUGACUGUGGAACGAAUUGUGCUCGUAUGAGGAGGGUCCACUGUACACAUUUGGCAGUAUUUAAGUGGUGUCCAAGAAUUUGUCUUCUCGUUCUCUUAAUUACAGUCAUCCUUAUGCUUCAGUCAUGUAUGUAAGGCAUUUGUACCUCGUUAUUUUGUAAAUAGGCAUAUGACUGAAUUAACGUAAUGAAGCAUUUUUCAUGUUGUUUUUAUACAUGCAGCAAUAUACUUCACUGACAAGCACCCAGUCGGUCAAUUAAAGCAUUAAAGCACUGUCACAGAUGAAAACAGUCUUAAACUGCUCAUGUUACUCUAAUUAAAGGUGCGCAAUGUAGGGUUGAUGUCCAAAAAGGAAACUUCAACUAGAUCAAAAUAUUGACCAGCACAAAAUUCCCUCCCUAUUGGAGUUCCUAGAAUACCGCUUCAGAUUGGAGGAGCUGCAGGAAAAGAACUUUAAGUGGCAUACGACAAAUGCUCUGCAGAAGAUAUAUCUUAUUUUUUAUUUUUAUCCAAGAUGUUUUCAAUGUAAUAAUGCCAACAUUUAGUAAUGACUAGAGGUGUGAGAAAUUUCCGAUUCUUAGAUUAUUUGCGAUUCGGCCGUGAAAGAUUCGAGAACGAUUCACAAACAUCCAAAUUCCUUGAAAUAGCCAUUUAGUUCCAAAUAGCGGAACUAAAACACAGUCAGCACGGUCUUCGGGACACAAUGGCGAACGGUCUGAGAGUAAACAUCAUGCUUGUCAUUAGCCGGGUAAUUACAAUGCUGAACCCACGUCUCUGGCUUAAGUCAUGCCGCUAAAUAAAAAAACAAUAAUAUCUGACGGCUGCCGACAGCCGCUACAAACUACACCCACAUAAUGCAACAGUAGAUAUCAAUUGUAUAAAGAACUAGAUGCAAAAUGACAGACUCGGUGGCGUUAGCAGCACAAGUAUAGAAAAUUAGAUGCGAAAUGAUAGACUUGCCGGCGUUACUAAACAGCCGCCAUCUUAAAGCAGUAGACUUCCCUGGAAGGCUGUUGUAGCGAAUCUUACAAACGAACCUAAUUAACUUUUUGUCUAAAAUACUCCUACAUCGACAAAAUCUUGACUUGAUUCUAUCUUUAAAUGAUGAAACAGUUUUGAAAAUUUCAAAUGUCGAAAGUAGACAGAUGGGAAGUUAUGGAAUAACGGGAGCAAUUUUAACAACUUUAACGGUUGAUUCACAACAUUAAAUUAAUGUAGUUUAAAGCUGCUGAUACAGGAUGGGGACGUGAGUAUUUUAUUUAAUGUUUUGAACUGUUAACUUGAUACUGAAAUAGUUGUUUAUUUAAGCCUGAGAUUAUUUUUGUAACUAAUGUACGAAACAUUAAAAGCUGCUUAAGGGAGGGGGGGGUGCAUCAAUAAUCGACUUGUAAUCGAAUCGUAGCCUCUGAAUCAUAAUUGACUCUUUAGGUGCCCAAAGAUUCCCACCUCUGGUAAUUACAAUGAAAAGAGCCAUGAUAUGAGGUCCAAGUUAGUUUAUCUCACCAUGACAGCAGGGAGGGGUACUUUUCUGAAUGUAUAAGCACACUGGCAAAGAAAAAUACAGUAUAAUUUGGUCAUGCAUUGACAGCAUCCAUCCAAGAAAAUUUAUCGCUCCAUCCAUUUUAAUUUCAAUUACCGACUAAAUAUUUACACGCGUAAAGACUUAUCUCUGCCCCGGUCAAUGGAUCCACAUGCUAAGGACUGAAACGUAGCACCGCUCAGUGGAUCCACAUGCUAAAUAACGUAGCGCAAUUGCGCCAAAUGAAUGCAUAUACUUGUUUUGCUCCUGUUAUUAUUUUGAAUCCCUUGAAAUUCGUAUCGACGUUUUUUGCUGGAGUGGUAGACAUAAUUUAGACGGUUUGUUAAAGCUGGCGCAGGCUGUGGCAAUCCAGACGAAGACUGGAAACGGGUCUCGUGAUUGGCUGAUGAUCAACACGGAAGCAAAACAGAAACAAAUUUGCAACGCGUAAAUCAUCUUUUAAAAUGGAAAUUGAAAGAUUGCUGCUUAACCCUUGAGAUCCGUUUUACAAGUAUUUCCCAAAAAACUGUUACUUUAGUGUCUAUAGAAAUAUUAUGGCCAUUUCAUGAACAAUUCAAGUCCAAAUCUUACAUUGUGCACCUCUGACAAAUGUAAUUUCAAAAACUGCAUCCUUCAUUUCCUGGUGUAAUAUUUUGGUGAAGUUCUAUAUAGUAUACUGAUGUUGUGGCGUAUUGUCAUAUGGGCAGUUUUACUUUUUCACCUACUGUAGUUAACACUUGGUAAUUUUAAAUAAACCAAUUGCCUGCAACUUAAAUGUUUCCGUUUCCUCUUUGCUCAUUAUCUUGGGAAUUCGUAUUACUAUAAACAUUUUCAAGGUAUCAAUAAACC